CUCAGCAGCGCGUUCAAAUCCCUCAGACAGCUACUGGGCACCGCCGAAGGGCCCAGCCCAGGAGUGGGACAAUAAAAUCCCUGACACCACUGUUCAAGAGGCCUCGGGGGGGUGGAAGGCCAGGCCAGCUGCACGGGUAUAAAGCUGUCCCAGGCUCCCAGCACAGCACUGCAGCACACUUGUGUGCCAGACUCCUCCAGCGCUCUCCAAUGGAUAUCACCAUUCACAACCCCCUGAUCCGCAGACCCUUCUUUUCUUGGUUGGCACCGAGUCGUAUCUUUGACCAGAUUUUCGGGGAGCACCUGCAGGAGUCAGAGCUGCUCCCUGUUUCCCCCACCUUCAGUCCUUUCCUGAUGAGAUCCCCCAUCCUUCGGAUGCCCAGUUGGCUAGAGACAGGACUCUCUGAGAUGCGACUGGAUAAGGACAAAUUUUAUGUCAAUCUUGAUGUGAAGCAUUUCUCCCCUGAGGAGCUAAAAGUGAAGGUGCUUGGGGACAUGAUAGAGAUUCACGGGAAGCACGAGGAACGCCAGGACGAGCAUGGCUUUAUUGCCAGGGAGUUCAACAGGAAAUACAGGAUCCCUGACGACGUGGACCCGCUGACCAUCACGUCGUCGCUGUCUCUGGACGGAGUGCUGACGGUGAGUGCCCCGCGCAAGCAGAGCGACGUCCCCGAGCGCACCAUCCCCAUCACCCGCGAGGAGAAACCUGCCAUCGCCGGAGCCCAGAGGAAAUAACUGCUCCGAGUCACCCCGGGGGCCAUUCCAGAGCACUUUGCAUCAUCAGAUGCCACCUGUACUGAAUGGCUGCUCUUAUUAUUUAUGCCGAGUAAGUUUACUAACGAAUAAAACAUGAAUAAGCA